AUGGCGGAUCCGACCGUGGCCAGUGAGAAUGUGGCGAUCAAAAGUAUCGAACCCCAGAGCGACAUUGACUUGGGUAUCCUGUCGCGAACUUUCUCUUUGCCCAUGUCUAUUCUCAAUUCUUUGACCCAAUCGCCGACUGUUGCACUCAUGAACCAAUUCCUCCAAGGCCUAUCCGGAUUUGCACACAAACGUGCUGAGAUCGACGCAGAGAAUCGCAAGGCCAAUUUGGAGACCGAAGCGAAGGCGAAGCACUUCAAAAACGAGGCCGACAAGGCUUGGCGACAAGUUAAACAGUAUCAGGACACCAUCAAAAAGCACGAUGAAGAGCGGAAACAUGACGCCGCGGAGUUACUAAAUUGUCAAGCCGAGACUAUUCAUGCUGAGAAGGUCUCUUCAGACCAAGCCGAAGAGCUUCGCUGUCUAAAGCACGAGCUUGCCGAACAGAAGAAGUCUUCCAAUGAACUUGUUGUUGUGCUAGAUGCCAAAAAUCGCGAUGCCACGAACUCCAUCCAAGAGAGAGAGGGCCUGAACAGAAAACUCGCCGAUCUUAAACGUCAACUUGAUGCAACCGAGCAAAAGUGUCAGGAAAAGACUAGUGAAGCUCAUGUUUACCAAUUGCGUAUCGGCACUCUCCAAACCGAGCUCCACAGCACCAAAGUAAACCAGGAGUAUUAUGCGGACACACUGGAACAGCACCAGAAGGAGCACGCCAAGUAUCGAAAGGAAAAGACCCAGCGUAUCGACUUUCUUCAAAAAGAAAAUGCCGCCACAAAAACUGCUCUUGAGACAUCUGAGCGCCGUGAAACCGACGCCAAGAAACUUCUAGAGAGCACUGAGAAGCGUUAUGCGGAGUCUUUGGAUACCAUCAAGAACCUCAAGGAGGAUCACCACUACCAAAUCGAGAAUCUGAGAAACGAGUUGGAAUCUGAAAAGCGGCUUUGCGAUAUGUACAAGAGCACUUCAAACAGCCGUUCAGAACAUGCCACAGACGCGUCAACGGCCCUCGAGUUGUCACACCGAAAGGCAGAACGUUUGGCCCGCGCGCUGGAAAAUGCGGAGAAGGACAAGGCUCUCGCCCAGAGUCGUGUGACCGAACUCGAGUCGCAACUGGCCGAAGACACACACAAGAGCACUCCGGACAUCUCCACCAGUCGGUCAACAAAUAGAGUACCUUAUUCCAAUAUCCCCAAGCGCAAACGCUUGUUUCCCAGCCUUCACCCGUUCUCACCCCAGGAGAAGUCAGAGACCCAAACUGUUGUCGAAGCUUCCACUAUGCGGGGUUCGCUGAGGGGAUCCCGGACCCAUAACCACUCAAUGGACGGCAUAACCCAAGAUUUGACGAAAUCUCUUGACUUCAUAAAUCCGGAGAUGGCUUAUCUACGCGGACGUGCCGAAAAUGGCACGUUGGUGUUGGCCGACCAAUCGAAUCAGCAUGCGAUAGAGAAGACUGACCUAGAGACUGAGGCUAAGUACAGCAAAGAUCGUAUGCUCAGCCAAGAUCUUAAGAACAAGCUCUUGGAAGAGCAUGUCAACGAUCUUGCAAUGCAGUUGCGAGGCUUAGUCGGCGAAAAAGAUGCCCUCCUUCAGGGUGCUGAAUUUGAUCGCGCUGAAUUUGAGUCACAAAUGCACAUCGACCUUGAAGUGUAUGCACAGGGCACUACUCCUACGGCUCAGUUCGUCCGUCGGAAUUUGACCAGAUUUCUGGACGCGAAGGAUCUGGUUGAUCAGAAUGUGGUUCUCCGACAAUCGCUUCGACAGGCAGCUUACAACUUCGACCUGUCGAAGUCCGAGGCCAAGGAAACGGCCGAUAAGUUGUCUCAGAAUGAACAAGAUGCUUUGUCUUCGGCUAUGCGAAUUAAAUCGAUGCAGAGCGAGAUUGAUGGUCUCCUCUCCUUGAGCAAAAGUCACGCCGCCGAGCGCAACAUCCUCCGGAGCAUGUUAGUGCAUAAUAAUUUCAAUGACUAUCCAAACACCACAAUCGAUCUACCUGUCAAUGGUCCAAUUCCAGCACAGGAUCCCUCGUCAUCUGGAGAGUUUUCCCAGUUACUCAGCUCUGUGACACAACAAUUUGAUGCAUUCCGAGAAGAAUCCGCACAGGAUAAGAAGUUUAUGCGUGAUCAGGUUGAAGAAUAUUCGCGCAAGGCCAAUGAGACUGCCAUCGAACUCAUCCAACGCACCAGCGACCUUGAGGCAUCUAAUGCGCGUCUUGCUCGUGUGCAAGCAAACUACGAGAUGCUGAAGAAUGAAAACAGCAAAAUUGAAGCUCGUUAUUCAAAUCUUCUCGAGACAUUCAACAACGUGGAAUCACAGGGUCAACAGAGCGCUCUAGAACUGGGCGAAUUCCGAUCCAAUUUCGAGUCCCUCAAGCGAGAGUUGGCUGGGAUUAAACUUGAAAAGGCCGUCAUGCUUGACAGAGAGAUGCGACUAAUCAAGGAUCUCGAGAUUGAGCAGGGUCAACACAAUGCGACAAAGCAACUUCUCGCGAUUACCCAGAAGACUGCCACUGAUGAUGCCAAUUCCUACGCUGAUCGCCUCCGGGCUGGGAAUAUUUCAAUGGAAUCUCUACAAUCCACGAAUCGGGAUCUCUCGCACAAGUUAGCCGAGGCAUAUGACGAAAAUUCGAGAUUGCAAGCGCGCCGCAUUUCCGAGGAAGACACUAAGCAAAAUCGAAUCGACGAAUUGAUUGAGGCCCGGAAGUCAGACGAUCGCAAGUAUCAAGCCCUAAUGGAUAUCAAAAACCGCCUCCAGCACGCCAACUCUGCGCUUCAUACCGCCAUGGAUCAGGAUCAGGAACGUCUCCGAGUAUUCAAUGCGGAUCCUACCUUGUCACCCGGUCGAGUCAGAAGCCCGAGUCCCACUCAGCUAUUGACUGGAGAGGACGAUCUUACUCCGGAGCAACAGCUGAAGGUCAAGAUCUCCAAACUUGAGCGUGAGCUUGCUCAUACGAAGGAUAAAUGCAACCAGGCCCUAGACGAGGCUGAGCAACUUAAAGUCGUCAGCCAAUCAUCUGAAGAUCGCCUGAACGAAGCUACAGAAUCACACACACAUUAUCACAAGGAUACAGAAGCUCUCCUCAAGAACCGAAACACAACAAUUUCCAUGCUGGAAGCCAAGUGUUGUGAACUUGAAAAGCAAGUCGCGGACAUGGAUCCUAAGAUGGAGAAUGAGCGGCAAACAUUCGCGGAUCAAAAGCACAGCCUCAACAUGCAGAUCAACACACUCUCUCGAGCCAACGAAAGUCUGGCACAACAAAACAAAUGUCAUGUGGAAGACCUUUUGCGACAGACUGAAAUCAGUACGAAGGCUCAAGCCAACUAUGACGCUGCGAGUAACAGAUAUGAUGAGGCUGCGAAGGAGCUUCGGGAAAUUCGUGCCGAGGCUGAUGACUUGCGCCUGGACAUUCGUAAGCUGCAAGCCGAGUCUGCCAUGGACAAAAAUGAUCACUCUCAAAAAGAGGAUAUCUGGGCCGAAAAACGGACCCAGCUCUCCCAAGAAUGUAUCGACUGGGAGACACGUUACGAACAAUGUCGAAAACAAAAUGAUCUUUUGUUGGACUCGAUCCACCAGCUCACAUCCCAAAAGGCUCAAAUUGAACAGAGCCGACUUGAUGCCGAGAUGAUUGAGAUGGACGCGAAGGAGUCAGGCAAUACCCCAAUGGAAAGUCUUAAGGAAGUCAUCAAAUUUCUCCGCCAGGAAAUCGAAAUCGAAAGAAUGCAGAAAAAUCUUUCUCAAGAGGAAGCAAACCGUUUUUUCUUUGAAUUUGAGAACAGUCAACGGAAUCUCCAUGAAACGACCAUUGCGCUCGACGAGGAGCGACAGGCCGCAAAGCUUGCUGAUCCGGAUCGAUCGUCCGGGGCACAGUUACUUAACGCUGUUGCUGAGGCCGCACUCUUCCGUAAAACGUGCAGUGAUCUCCGAACCGAAACGUACGAAAAAGAUGUGGCCCUUGAAUCGAAAAAUAAGGAGAUCGAGAAAUUGAGUGCUCAAAUUCCCGACUUACAAUCCCGAGAGCGUCGCUUGACGGAGACUCUGGCAAUGCACCAAGAUACUAUCUCCCAACUUGAGUUAGAAAGAGAUUACUGGCACAAUCGGGUUGACACGUUACUUGGCAAAUAUGGAGAACCGACUGAUGAAGAUUCACUGAAAGAAAAACUUCUGAAGACUGAGAAGGAGCUCGCUGAGCUCCGUAAGCUGCACGAAGAAACGCAGGAGACUGAAAAAUCAGAGCACCAGAAACGUUUAGCAGAACUACGUGCCAGAUUAACCGACCAGUUCAAGGCUCGUUCAAGAGAUCUCACUGGGCGUUUGAAUGCCCAGGCUGCUGAACUGCAAGCCGCCGUUAAAGAGAAAGAAACAUUGUUGGAGCAGGUUACCUCGCUGAAGGCUCAGUUGGCUAGCCCACCUUUAGCAUCUACUGCUGUGAUGUCGGAUUCAGUCGGUAACGAGAUGAACACUUCUGACGGUUCCAUACCACCAAACGUUUCAUCCCCCUUGCAAAUGAACGAGCUUGCAGAAAAGCUCCGUCAGUUGGAGGCUGCGCUGUCCGCAAAGGAUACCGAAUUACAAGCUACGAUUGAGAAACAUACGAAGCAAGUCGACGAGUUAAAGAUGUCAUCUGCAGGCGAUCAAAUUUCCACUGACGAGAAAGCCACGACUGGAAAAGAUUCUGGUGCUCUUCCUGAUUUGACAGAUGCACAAGUUCGAGACCUAAUUGCGACGCACUCCACAAUCCGCCAUGUCGUUAGAACCAAUGUUGUUAAAAAAGUGAACAAGGAGACAGCAAAGUUACAGGGUCAACUCGAGGCUGCGAAGAAAGAACAGGAGACCCUAAUCGCUCGAUUCGAAGUCGUUUACGAUGAGCGUCUCAGAUCUGCAACGCAGUUAAAUGAAAAGAAAACCGCAGCUCGCCUCAGCAUGAAUGAACAACGCUGGAAGACCGCCCAGGCGAAGGUUGACGCUGUGAAGAAAGCAGCAGAAGAAACCCCUCAGACCCCUGUGGCCGAGGUAUGGAAAAUAGCACAAAUUGCUCGAGUAGUAUCAAAGACUCAACAAAAGUCGACUUCCUUGCCAAGUAAGCCGCCUUCACCACAAUCAAGCAAAACACCAUCACCGCGACCGGCUCGAUCGGAACGCCAGCCAUCGCCUCGAUCGGGACGUCCUGGUAAGCCAGCAUAUGCUAUUGGAUCACCUGCAGCUGUGCAAGCGCCUCCAAUUGUACAAGCACCUGCUGUCCAAACACCUCUUGCUGCUCCAGCGCCUCCUGCUGCUGCUCCGGCGCCUCCUGCUGCUGCUCCAGCGCCUCCUGCUGCUGCUCCGGCGCCUCCUGCUGCUGCUCCAGCGCCUCCUGCUGCUGCUCCGGCGCCUCCUGCUGCUGCUCCAGCGCCUCCUGCUGCUGCUCCGGCGCCUCCUGCUGCUGCUCCGGCGCCUCCUGCUGCUGCUCCAGCGCCUCCUGCUGUUCCAGCACCUCCGCCGAAUCCAUUUGGGGUCAUCCGAGGUGCCGGUGCCGCUGCUGGUGCCACCCAAUUCAUCCCCACCAAACGAUUACAAGACGAGCCAUUGGAGGGUGAAGGAACCCUCAAAAGAGUGCGAGGGAGCGGCAAGUUCCGCUCCCCUGAUAAUACGAUGAUAGAAUCUGCUGAAGUUCCGGAGGAAGAAUUAUAG